GGACAUUUUUUCAGUUAAUAAAUCUGAUCUUUUUCAGAGGUAAAUUUUGACAGAGUGAUUUCGAAGCUAACGUGACGAAUAAUCCUAUAGAUCCUAUAUACACAAGAAAAUCUUUACCGAAGGAAACACUUUGCCAAAUCGUGUGUAACACUGAUUUCACAAAGGGCACGGCAUUACGACAUGUUUGAUAAACAAAUCAGUAGAUCUUUGCAGAUUUAACUUUUCAAUAUCGUGACUUAGCAAUAUCAAAAAAUUGCAUUAUCACGUUGAUUUUAAUUUUUUAUUCGCUUAAAUAAUUAACUUUUACACUUCUUAUACAGGCUGGAAGUGACAUUGAAGAUAUUUUGCGGCGCGUGAAAUUACCUAUGCAAGAGCGUGAUAGCUACUAUGAGAAACUAACUCAUCAGAAUUCAAUUGACUAUGAAAUUUUGCGUCAUGUACUCCAAGAAUAUCAGGAUUUAAUGAAUCUCGAUAAAAACAAUUUUGCAUUGUCUUGGAUGCUCUCUAACCCCGAAUUUGCAUUGGAAAUGGAGAGAUUUCUCUCGAGAAAUGAGCUGUCUCUUGAGUUCGCCAAGUCAGUUCAACACGCCAUAUUCUGGCUAAUCAAAUUGUUUGAUAUGAAAUGGCGACAAUUGCACGACGAUCUCGAUUACAUCUCAAAAUGGAGACUCUUGAAUUUACAAAGACAAGUUGAACUCAUUUUAGACAAUUUAGCAGAUAAUCAACGACAGCGUGGGGAAUCGAAAGACAAUAAAUAUAUUCCGGAAGAUAGAAGCGACAUUAUUUCGAACACCGGAGAAACGCUGAAAAUUGAGAUUGAAGAAGAAACCUUAACUGAACGGAAUAAAGGAAAUCUUAAUGAAGCUAGCCAGACUGAAAAGAAUGAAGAUAUAUCUUGGGAAAAUACACGGAGUGAUUAUAUCACGUCUAUAGAAGAAAUAACUCAAGUUACGAAUCAUCCGGAAUUAUUAAAACGUAACAAAAACGAUAUCAAGGGUACUCCUCACGACAAGAAAGAUGGAGAACGGUUUAGCCAAAUGGAAAGUGUUUCCUCAAUUUCGCCGAGUGAGAACGCUAUAGACACGUUGCAAGAGACUGAUCAACCGAAACCUAUGGGAACGGACGCUAUGCAUGGAUCCUUGAUAAACGUAACGGACAUCCUAAAGACUCGAAGAACACUUCUCGUUCCUUCGAAUGAAAACAAGGAAUAUAUUAAAAAAAAUAGACAAAUAUCAGCAAAAGAAAUCGCUGACAAACAUAAUUAUUUUAAUGAGAGGAUGAAGAUAAAAUCAGACCGUGGCUCAGCGAUAGACGAGAUUCUAGAAGCGGUCGAUGAAGUCUUGCCAACGGAUAGAUCUGUAGAAAUGUCGACAAGAGGAUCAGAAACGAUUACCAGGACACUUUAAUUUCAGACAAGAAGGUAAUUAAAAGGGAAUGCAAAUGUGAGAUUUUCGACAUUGAUUUAUUAUGAGGAAAUAUCUUUUGACAAGUCGACACGUGUAAUCGUUAUAUGAGUUAAGUCAUACACUAAUAGCUUUAGUCUAUCUGAUUGUCAUUGAACAUAUCGAGAUUUACAUAUUACUCAUGUAUUGAAAUAAGAAUCUUAUUUCGGCUCGGACAUUAUAAAUCAAGUCCCGGAGUCUGUCUGUUAACUUUCUAGUGCACUUUGAGAUUUGUGCGUAUGUGUGCGCGCGUAUGUGGCUAAUAUUACACAACGCUAAGUAUAUGCCUAGCACAUUUUUAUUUUCUCAUACAAGCCCUAAUCCUAACGAAUUAUUAAUGGGUAUUUGGCUAGCGGUUAGAGAAGCAUUGCUAUGGAAUGUAUAAAUAAAAUUACCUUAGAAAUUAGACACAAGUUUUAAACAAUAUUCUAAUGAUUUUGAUAGAUCCCGAAAGAUUUUCUUAUCUGAACAUUCGUUAGAAAGUUAUACAAUUAUCUUGUCGUGUAUUUUGCAACCAACGGCAAUUUAAGCAAUCGGUGAAUGUACGCGGAAAAGUGCGUGACGACAGUUUGAGGCAAUUUCCAACAUAUCGAAGGAUGAAGAAAUUAGUAUCAGGUUACCGCAAAAGAUACGCUGUAUAUAGGUUUGCUGAAUGACAUUAAAAAUCGCGCGAGUAAUCGCGAGUAUUAAUCAUUAAUGCGAUCUCCAUUGCAUUGCUUUCUCUCCCUAGAGAGUAUCUCCUCGAUGACUUUUUUUAUUAACUCCAAUUGUUCAUUUACAUUUUACUCGAAGCGGAAAUUGGUAGGAAGACGAUUAAUCUUUUACAUUGACAUGAUAAAUAAUAUGG